AUGAUGGUGCAUUCUUGUUGCUGCGGGCUUGGACCUUUGCACUUGUUGGAUUGGGCCCCAGGGACCCCUGCAGAAGAAGAUUGCUGUCUGAGCCCUUCUUCCUCCUGGAAGGUGGUAGACUUGUGGCUGGGCCUUGCCUUACACCCAGAUAAAACUCUUGUUGCAACUGGCCAAGUUGGAAAGGAGCCAUAUAUAUGUAUAUGGGAUUCCUAUAAUGUCCAGACUGUGUCUAUUCUUAAGGAUGUCCAUACACAUGGAGUCGCCUGCUUGGCUUUCGACUCAGAUGGACAGCGUUUGGCCUCUGUGGGACUGGAUGCAAAAAACACAGUCUGCAUUUGGGACUGGAGGAAGGGAAAACUUCUGGCCUCAGCCACCGGCCACUCCGACCGGAUUUUUGAUAUUUCCUGGGAUCCAUAUCAGCCAAACAGAGUGGUUAGCUGUGGAGUAAAACAUAUAAAGUUUUGGACACUCUGUGGAAAUGCCCUGACUGCAAAAAGAGGGAUAUUUGGCAAAACAGGGGAUCUUCAGACCAUCCUUUGCCUUGCAUGUGCCAAAGAUGACAUCACCUAUUCUGGUGCUUUAAAUGGCGACAUCUAUGUCUGGAAAGGGCUCAAUUUAGUCCGCACCAUUCAAGGAGCACACAGUGCUGGAAUCUUUAGCAUGUAUGCUUGUGAAGAAGGCUUUGCCACUGGUGGACGAGAUGGGUGUAUUCGAUUAUGGGAUACUGAUUUCAAACCAAUAACCAAAAUUGAUCUCAGGGAGACAGAACAAGGAUAUAAAGGCCUCUCCAUCCGGAGCGUGUGCUGGAAAGCAGACCGCCUCCUAGCAGGGACCCAGGACAGUGAGAUAUUUGAAGUGAUUGUGCGCGAACGAGACAAGCCAAUGCUGAUCCUGCAAGGCCACUGUGAGGGGGAGCUCUGGGCUCUGGCCCUGCACCCCAAGAAGCCCCUGGCUGUGACGGGAAGUGACGAUCGCUCUGUCAGGCUGUGGAGCCUGGCUGACCAUGCCUUGAUCGCCCGCUGUAACAUGGAGGAAGCAGUUCGCAGUGUGGCCUUCAGCCCGGAUGGAUCUCAGCUGGCCCUGGGCAUGAAGGACGGCUCUUUCAUUGUUCUCCGAGUCAGAGAUAUGACAGAAGUGGUUCAUAUCAAAGAUCGAAAAGAAGUCAUUCAUGAAAUGAAAUUUUCUCCAGAUGGCUCUUACCUCGCGGUGGGAUCCAAUGAUGGCCCAGUGGACGUGUAUGCCGUUGCCCAGCGGUAUAAGAAAAUUGGAGAAUGCAGCAAGUCGCUUAGUUUCAUCACACACAUUGACUGGUCUUUGGAUAGCAAAUACUUGCAGACCAAUGACGGCGCGGGAGAACGCCUGUUCUACAAGAUGCCAUCUGGGAAGCCUUUAACAAGUAAAGAAGAAAUCAAAGGGAUUCCCUGGGCCUCCUGGACAUGUGUGAAAGGCCCUGAAGUGAGUGGAAUUUGGCCUAAAUACACCGACAUCACUGAUAUCAAUUCGGUGGAUGCAAAUUACAACAGCUCAGUGCUGGUGUCUGGAGAUGAUUUUGGACUGGUUAAAUUGUUUAAAUUUCCUUGUCUCAAGAAAGGAGCCAAAUUUAGAAAGUAUGUGGGCCAUUCUGCACAUGUCACAAAUGUCCGCUGGUCCCAUGACUUUCAGUGGGUAUUGAGCACAGGAGGGGCUGACCACUCAGUUUUCCAGUGGAGAUUUAUUCCAGAAGGUGUCAGCAACGGUCUGCUGGAAACUGCACCCCAGGAAGGUGGCACUGAUUCUUACAGUGAAGAGUCUGAUUCGGAUUUAUCUGAUGUGCCAGAGUUGGACUCUGAUAUUGAGCAAGAAACUCAAAUCAAUUAUGAUCGCCAGGUUUACAAAGAAGAUCUACCUCAGCUAAAGCAACAAAGUAAAGAGAAAAACCAUGCAGUGCCCUUCCUCAAAAGAGAAAAGGCUCCUGAGGACAGCUUGAAACUCCAGUUCAUACACGGUUACAGGGGCUACGACUGUAGAAACAAUCUGUUCUACACGCAGACCGGAGAAGUGGUCUAUCACAUUGCUGCAGUUGCUGUUGUGUACAACAGGCAGCAACACUCCCAGAGGCUGUACCUGGGGCACGAUGAUGACAUUCUCAGCCUGACCAUCCAUCCAGUGAAAGACUACGUGGCCACCGGGCAGGUUGGAAGAGAUGCUGCUAUUCAUGUGUGGGACACACAAACUCUAAAAUGUUUGUCACUAUUGAAAGGACAACACCAGAGAGGAGUGUGUGCACUUGAUUUUUCAGCUGAUGGAAAAUGUCUGGUGUCGGUUGGUUUAGACGAUUUUCACAGUAUUGUGUUUUGGGACUGGAAAAAGGGAGAAAAGAUAGCCACCACAAGAGGACAUAAGGAUAAGAUAUUUGUGGUAAAGUGUAACCCACACCAUGUUGACAAACUGGUUACAGUUGGGAUGAAGCACAUCAAAUUCUGGCAGCAAGCAGGUGGGGGCUUCACUUCUAAAAGAGGAAUUUUUGGAAGUGUUGGAAAAUUGGAAACAAUGAUGUGUGUUUCUUAUGGGCGAAUGGAAGAUCUAGUGUUCUCAGGAGCAGCUACUGGAGAUAUUUUUAUUUGGAAAGAUAUCCUCCUACUGAAGACAGUGAAAGCUCAUGAUGGGCCUGUGUUUGCUAUGUAUGCAUUGGAUAAGGGUUUUGUAACGGGUGGAAAGGACGGAAUUGUGGAGCUCUGGGAUGACAUGUUUGAAAGAUGCUUGAAGACUUAUGCCAUUAAAAGAGCAGCAUUGUCAACCAGCUCAAAAGGCUUGCUUUUGGAAGAUAACCCUUCAAUUCGUGCCAUUACUUUGGGACAUGGGCAUAUCCUGGUGGGAACAAAAAAUGGGGAGAUCCUGGAAAUUGACAAAAGUGGCCCAAUGACACUGCUCGUUCAGGGGCACAUGGAAGGAGAAGUGUGGGGGCUGGCAGCUCACCCUCUCCUGCCCAUCUGUGCAACCGUGAGCGACGAUAAAACUCUCCGGAUAUGGGAAUUAUCCUCCCAGCACCGCAUGCUGGCAGUGCGCAAGCUCAAAAAAGGUGGAAGAUGCUGUGCCUUCUCCCCUGACGGGAAAGCCUUAGCAGUUGGCUUGAAUGAUGGGAGUUUCCUGGUCGUAAAUGCUGACACUGUUGAAGACAUGGUCUCCUUCCAUCACAGAAAAGAAAUGAUCUCUGAUAUUAAAUUUUCAAAAGAUACAGGAAAAUACCUUGCCGUGGCAUCCCAUGAUAACUUUGUGGAUAUUUACAACGUACUGACAAGCAAACGGGUGGGCAUCUGUAAAGGUGCUUCUAGUUAUAUUACCCAUAUUGACUGGGACUCUAGAGGAAAAUUAUUGCAAGUUAAUUCGGGUGCCAAAGAACAACUCUUUUUUGAAGCUCCGAGAGGCAAGCGGCAUAUAAUAAGACCUUCGGAGAUUGAGAAAAUAGAGUGGGACACGUGGACCUGCGUGCUGGGGCCUACGUGUGAGGGAAUCUGGCCUGCACACAGCGAUGUGACUGAUGUAAAUGCUGCCAGUCUUACCAAAGACUGUUCCCUCUUAGCCACUGGAGAUGAUUUCGGUUUUGUUAAGCUUUUUUCAUAUCCUGUCAAGGGCCAGCAUGCAAGAUUCAAGAAGUAUGUGGGGCACAGUGCACACGUCACCAACGUGAGGUGGCUGCACAACGACUCUGUGCUGCUCACAGUUGGUGGUGCCGACACAGCCUUGAUGAUCUGGACGAGGGAGUUUGUGGGGACCCAGGAGAGCAAGCUGGUGGACAGCGAGGAGUCGGACACCGAUGUCGAAGAGGACGGAGGCUAUGACAGUGACGUUGCCAGAGAGAAGGCCAUUGAUUACACCACCAAGAUCUAUGCUGUGAGCAUCAGGGAGAUGGAAGGCACCAAACCUCACCAGCAGCUGAAAGAAGUUUCAGUGGAAGAAAGACCGCCUGUUAGCAGAGCAGCCCCCCAGCCUGAGAAACUCCAGAAGAACAACAUCACCAAAAAAAAGAAACUGGUUGAGGAGCUGGCUCUCGAUCACGUGUUUGGCUACAGGGGAUUCGACUGUCGCAACAACCUGCAUUACCUGAACGACGGUGCAGACAUCAUCUUCCACACCGCGGCGGCUGGCGUGCUCCAGAGCCUCUCCACGGGGAGCCAAAGCUUCUACCUGGAGCACACGGAUGACAUCCUUUGCCUCACUGUGAACCAGCACCCCAAGUACAGGAACGUGGUGGCCACCAGCCAGAUAGGAACAACACCCUCAAUCCACAUCUGGGACGCCAUGACCAAACACACUCUGUCUAUGCUGCGGUGCUUCCACUCGAAGGGGGUGAAUUACAUCAACUUCAGCGCCACUGGGAAGCUCCUUGUAUCAGUGGGAGUGGACCCUGAGCACACCAUCACUGUCUGGCGUUGGCAGGAAGGCGCCAAGGUUGCCAGCCGAGGGGGUCACCUGGAGCGCAUAUUUGUAGUGGAAUUUCGCCCUGACUCGGACACGCAAUUUGUGUCUGUCGGGGUCAAACAUAUGAAGUUCUGGACCCUGGCAGGCAGUGCCCUGCUUUACAAGAAAGGGGUCAUUGGAUCCAUGGAGGCUGCCAAGAUGCAGACGAUGCUUUCCGUGGCCUUCGGUGCUAACAACCUCACUUUCACGGGUGCCAUCAACGGAGACGUCUACGUGUGGAAGGACCACUUCCUCGUCCGACUGGUGGCCAAGGCUCACACGGGCCCUGUCUUCACCAUGUACACGACCCUCCGGGAUGGACUCAUAGUGACCGGUGGCAAAGAGCGGCCGACCAAAGAAGGAGGUGCUGUGAAAUUGUGGGACCAGGAGAUGAAGCGCUGCCGGGCCUUCCAGCUGGAGACGGGGCAGCCAGUGGAGUGUGUGCGCUCUGUGUGCCGUGGCAAAGGGAAAAUUUUAGUAGGAACCAAAGACGGAGAAAUAAUUGAAGUUGGUGAAAAAAAUGCCGCUUCUAACAUCCUGAUUGAUGGGCACAUGGAAGGGGAGAUCUGGGGUCUGGCCACACACCCCUCCAAGGACAUCUUCAUCUCUGCCAGCAACGAUGGCACAGCCCGCAUCUGGGACCUGGCCGACAAGAAACUGCUUAACAAGGUGAACCUGGGCCACGCGGCCAGAUGUGCAGCCUACAGCCCUGACGGGGAGAUGGUGGCCAUUGGCAUGAAGAAUGGAGAGUUUGUCAUCUUGUUGGUGAACAGCCUGAAAGUCUGGGGGAAGAAACGAGACCGGAAGUCUGCUAUCCAAGAUAUCAGAAUCAGCCCAGACAGCAGAUUCUUAGCCGUUGGUUCUUCUGAACACACAGUUGACUUCUAUGACCUCACUCAGGGCACAAGCCUGAACCGCAUUGGCUACUGCAAAGAUAUUCCAAGCUUUGUCAUUCAGAUGGAUUUUUCUGCGGAUGGCAGAUACAUCCAGGUGUCAACAGGAGCCUACAAGCGCCAGGUGCAUGAAGUACCCCUGGGGAAGCGGGUCACUGAAGCUGUGGCCAUUGAGAAGAUCACCUGGGCCUCCUGGACAAGCAUUCUGGGGGAUGAAGUCAUUGGCAUCUGGCCACGAAAUGCAGACAAGGCUGAUGUCAACUGCGCGUGUGUGACCCAUGCUGGCCUCAACAUUGUCACAGGAGAUGACUUUGGGCUGGUGAAGCUCUUUGAUUUUCCAUGCACAGAAAAAUUUGCCAAACAUAAGCGUUACUUUGGCCACUCAGCUCACGUGACGAACAUCCGUUUCUCUCACGAUGACAAGUAUGUGGUCAGCACUGGAGGAGACGACUGCAGUGUGUUUGUGUGGCGAUGUCUGUAAAUGCCGGAACCCUCUUUAUUGCUGCUGCUGCUACCACCCAGCAACUGCAGGGGCAGUGACGAGGCCCCUCGUUGCCACCAGCUGCUGGGAAAGGCCUACGCUGCGGGCCGCACAAGUUCCAAGUGCUAGUGAAGUGGGGUGACUGCUCCCAGACUCUGGAAUCUCCAAAACUGUGAUGCCAAGAAGGUCAGUUCUAAAAUGUUAAGAGUGCUUUCCUCUGUUCCUGAGACUAUACUGACCACAAUGACAAAAAAAUCCUGCUAAUGUAGCCCACCAACGAAAUUUAAAGCCUCAGUUACCCUGACCAAUAUGUAGCUUUUAAUUUGCAUCAAAACUUUUACAAAAGAUGUUUUGCUAUUAUGUUUCUAUAUACUUUAAAAAUGUUCAUUUUUACAAAUGAGUUGAACAAGACAGCUUAAUUUAGAUGCGCCUAAAGCACUAGAAAUAUUGAUAGCCUCAGUUCUCCACAUUUAGCUUUCAAAACCAAAUGAGCCAUGUACAAACAAGUUGAGAAACUUAAUUUUUUAACGUUUCAUUUGCAGAGUUUUAUAUCCAUUAAGUGCCUUUGAAAGUUUCCAGUUGUGUGGGCUGCUGUCUCCCCUCCCACAAAUUAUCUCCUUUCUACAUAUGGUGCUAAAACUUCAAAACUGAGGAGGGCUACAGGACCCUUAACAGAUUCCUGGUCUGUCACCCAUGUCAUGUGUUUAUGUCGAGGCUUCCUAAAUGAAAGACAUCAGUUACCUGCUUGAGAAGUAGUGGCAGGUGAGCAGCAAAGAAACUUAAAUUCAGGAGGGAGGGGGUAAAAAUGGGUUUUCACUGUUUAGUGCCAAACCUACAAAAUCCAAAAUAGAAGUAAAAUUAACCUCUACUACAAAACAGUAGGAAAAAAAAGAAAAAAAGAAAAAAAAAGCUCAAGUGGGUCUAGGAUUAACGAACUCUUAAUCCUAAGAUAAUAAAUGUGGGGACCCAAGGCUGCACUGGGUCUACCACCCAGUGGGGCUGACUUGACACCACGGAUUUGUAGAGUGAACUGAUCUAGGUCAAGUCCAGAUAAAAAGAAAAAAAUCUCAGCAGAACAAAUUCCUAAGCCCAAGCAAUAUUUGAAAGAUUAUUCAACAAAAACAGGCUAGCUUGGCGUUCGUCAGAGCUGGCUAGAUGACACAAUGUGACCUGGACAGUAUUAACCAGAUGACAUCCCUGACCUGCCUCACUCCUACUUCACACUUGGCUCACCACUGACUCCAGGAGGGGCUGACAGCACACACCGCGAGGAAGGCUGGUGAGGGCCUGGGGACUCUGAGCACACGUGCACCCAUCAGUCCUUCCCAUCAGUGAACCAAAAUUCUGGGUCUUGAGUUUCUGGCUAUUUGCAGUUGUCAGUUUAGCGACAGUGAAAUGAAGCAUUUUCAAUUAAACAGAUUACUAACAUUUACCCCAGAAGUGCUUCAGCAUUCUAAAUGGAUUAGAUCACCCAUGAAGCUAUUUUUAUAUGCCAAGUUAUGAAUGCCUUACAUUAAUCCCCUGAUAGGCUGUCGGGUCCCCAGUUAAGAGUCCCUGUGCAGUCCUGAUUCUGUUUUCUGUAACCAUGUAACUGGCGAUGCUGAGUGAUGACCAUGUCUGCCUAUACUGUACCACCGACCUUUCAUAAUAAUCAGAUCUUGUAUUGAAAUAACCACGUGGAAAUAAAUUGAUCAAUGAGGAUAUGUACAACUAUA